AUGGUGAAAGAAGGAAGGGGUCGACUGAGAGAGUGCGGGAACUCUGUUCCCGAAAACGUUCCCGCCCACUUCCCUUAUUUCAGUGCACGGGGCAUGAUGAGUGUGGCUGCUCUUUCCCAUGCCUUGCCAUUAAAUGAAAAUCUGAAGGACGACGAGAACGACGAAGACGACGAAAAACAGAAUAAGGACGACGAUGAUCAGGACGAGGACGACGAGGAUCAGGACGAGAACGACGAUGACCAGGACAAGAACGACGAUGACCAGGACAAGAACGACGAUGACCAGAACAAGAACGACGAUGACCAGGACAAGAACGACGAUGACCAGGACAAGAACGACGAUGACCAGGACAAGAACGACGAUGACCACGAGGACGACCUACCGCGGUGGUCGAGCAGGUUGUGUUCGCACAAUAUGAACAAAAAACAUUAG